UGCAUUCAUUCUGUAGGUCCUGUGUAUAAUACUGUGUGUGUGUGUGUGUGUGUGUGUGUGUGCAAAAUAAAAUAAAAUGUUUCUUCUGAAUAUUGUCCGGUAGAUGCAGUGUUAUUACCCAGUUACUGCUUACAAUUUGCUUAUGGAUCACUUGCGCUGAGCUGCUGCUGUAGCGUGUAACCCUAACUUUCUUCAUCGGUGACCCUAGUAUUGAAGCAAACGUUCAAGGCAAGAAAAUAACCAAGAAAGUAUGCAGACCACUCAUUUCACAGCUCCUUUGUGCCAAUAACUUGUCUCGUGCCAAUGUGCCUUUCAUUUGCAUCAUAAGACACUCCGUUUUACCAUAAUUACACCUGUAGGUAAAUAGCAACAAAUCGCGUACCUUUGCAUUUACAAAGUCCAACGUUAUUGUAAACUGUGGAUUCUGUGGCACGGCAAAAUGCGUUAAAAAAAGACAGAGGCUUUGAUCAAAUCGAGGCAUUGAGACAUAUUUGUAAAAGUUUAGCAAACUGGUUUUAAUUCUGCAAAAUGCAAUUGCAAGACUGAAUUAAUGAACUGGGGAGGGGAGGGGGGGGUACUUUUUCUACAGCAGGGUGUGUUCAUUUAUAAGCAUGAAACUACAGGCUGUUUGAUCAACCACAUGGGUGACAGCAUCAGGGUGAAUUUGACUGCGUGAUUAUAUACCGUAAAUGUAAACUAGUAAAUGACUUGCAAUUAAUAUUCAGUGUGAUUUCUUUGACUCUAUUUUCAAUACCCACUGCUGUGUAUUUGGACCCAAGUGCAUUUUUCAGUGUGAAUUAAGGAAAGAUCUGCAACACAGGCAAACGUUUUGUAAGCCGUCCUGCUGAUGCGAUGCGUGCCCAGCUGGUAAUAGCAGGUGGCAAAUGGUUAUAACAAAUUUGUUCUCAGUUCAGCCGGUCCCUUUGUGGGGGGGAGCUGGAGCGAAUGAUCUGGCACUGCGGUGCAGGUGGUAUUGAGGAAGGGGUUGCAGAGCUGUGCCAUGCUGCAUGGGAGUCCACACCAUGCUCCGUGCCACGUAUAAAAGCACAGUAAGGGUCCCCUGCCACUCUCUGUGUCUGAUCGCCUCUUACUGUCACUUUCCACUUCUCCUCUGUAGCGCCAAUGUGCCGAAUGCUGGUUUUCUUUGAGAAAUGGCAGGAGGAAAUUCAUCAACCAGCCGGACCUCCACAGAAAAGACUACAGUAUCAACCACACUGCCGACUCACUCCUUCAGUCAAUUCCAGUACAUUGCCGUUGGCUUGGCAGCAGUUGUGUUCCUGGUCAUUGUUAUUGUGGCCGCUGUGUUGUAUAAUAGGUACAGGAGGCUGAGUCAGACCAUUGAGGAGAUGAGGAGGAGAAGGGUUUUCAUUGACACUGAAGAGGAGGCGCCAAUCCCCCCGAGUCCUGACGACUCCCAGCCCACACAGAAGCCCCCAGCAGACAGCCUGCUACCCCUGGAAUGCAGCAGGGCUGCAGCGAGACCACUGUGGAGCCCAGCAGUGCCAGCUCCAUGCUUCACAGUGAAUGACCUUUCCCUCCUGGAGGUUCUGAAGAUCGGGAAGCAGGGUCGCUUCUACAAAGCCAAGCUGAGCCGGGGCACCUGCAAGGGACACAAGCUCGUCACCUGCAAGAUCGUCAAGGAAGGCAUCAGCAUGAAGCGUGUGGAGAGUGAGGUCUCUGUGAUGAAGAAGCUGGGGUCCCACAACAACGUGCUGCAGCUGCUGGACUGGAACACCAGCCACGAGCCCUACGUGCUGGUCAUGGAGUAUGUGAGCUUCGGCACUCUCAAGACUUUCCUGCAGACACACAGAGCUCAGCUGAGCGACACCCCAGACCUGCAGUACCUGCUCACUAUCGCUGCCUAUCACAUUGCCCUGGCCAUGGAGCACAUCCGCAGCAAGAUGGUGGUCCACUGCGAUCUGGGUCUGAGGAACAUCCUGCUGGGCCGGUUCCCUCACCAGUGCAAGGUGGCUGAGUUUGGAAUGGCCAGAGACUUCUCCCGCUUCAAGAGCUGCAAGAGCAGCCGCAAGAAACACAAGAUGGUCGGAGUGCCCCUUCGCUGGUACCCUCCUGAGUAUUUCAAAAACAACUACUACAGCUUCAUGGGAGACGUGUGGUCCUUUGGCAUCCUGCUGUGGGAGAUGGAGACUUUGGGACAGUUACCCUACUCGGAGCUGCACUCGUCAGAGGAGGUGGUAUUUCACAUCUGCUCUGGAUACAGACUGCAGAGGCCAGAGAGCUGCAUGACUCAGAUUUUCCAGGUGAUGACAGAUUGCUGGUUGGAGCCCCCUUCCCUCCGCCCUUCCUUCUCUGACAUUGUCACGCGCCUGGAGAACGUUAUUGACAGCGACUCGGAUUAUAUUCAGGUCGAUGCGGAGGACCGGGACGCUGUGUUUAAUGACAGAUACAGGGCAGUUAAAGGAAGAAUCCCCUGUGAGAAUGAGGCUGAAUGAGGCUGGCUGGCAGAUACAGAGACUCCAGGACCAGACCAUUGUCGUGGAGCGAGAUCUUCCGAUGUAUUUCUCAUGCAAUCCCAACUUCGUGUCCCGCAGGGCUCGUUUACACAGGCAAUACUUGCUAGGGUUGACUUGGAAAUGUGCUGGAAAGUCUUGAUUGAAACUUUCUUUUUAUUGUAAGAUAUUUUUAAGACUCCCAUUGCAUAGCAGUUUGAAGCAUUCCUGGUUUUACUGUGUUU